CGCAAAUCCGUUGCCAGUCAAGCGUCCGUGGAGCCGCCUGAAGAGAAAGAGAAGUACGAGAUAUCUCCAUAGAAAAUAACCGAAAAUAACAGAAGGUAUGUAACAAAAACCUAUUUCACAAGACAGAAGAGAUCAGUUAUUGUUCAUAUGUGUGUUUUAAAACGGACAAUACCGUUGGCUGGAAGUAGAAACUCGGGUUUGUGUCCUCUGUCGCAUGCGACGCUUAUUAAUGCAACACGGUACAGGAAAUACAAAAUGGUGGGCUGAUGUUUUUCGGAAAGUCGAAGACGCAAAAGGCAGCUGUGAUCUAUGAUCUAUCACAGCUUAGGGUGACCACAUUUAAAAUGUCCCCAAAUGCGGGACAUCCGUAGGACAGUGUAGCCAAGACACAGAUAUAUAUGUUUUGUGUGCAGCACAGCUCCCCUCAAAAUACAGCCCCUGCUCAUUGUUUACUCAGAGAAAGAGGUGAAGAUGUUUCUCCACAGAUAGAAGAAUAAGACAGAUAUUUCACCGGAUGUAAUGUGAAGUUGUAUAAAUGUGAAGCAUCUGCUUGGCGUUGUUCACUCUCUUACCAAAUAUGGUAGUGAGAAGAAGCAGUGACCCGGCAGUGGAAAAAGAUGGAAGGAGAUGGAUUUUAGCCGAUAUUCUGCAGAUGUUGUCAUCGAUGAAACAUUUCAUCUCGACACAGUUUUCUGUUCCGAACAGACUAAGUUUUGUAUACGUUUUUUUUUUAAACCUUUUAUCAAAGGUUUAAAUGUUUUAUUGUUUUGAGUGUUAAGGUGAAUUGAGUUAUUGCACCUCAGUGUAGGCGUUCCCUAACGGAAAUAUGCAAAUAUACUAGAAUGCGCCAAUAGGAUCUCUAGCUUGUUCCGCCCACAAUGACUAAUUUGUUGCCAUUUGAAACGUCAGGCUUUGGGUGAUCAGGUUAUGCUAUUGCAUUUGGAUCUGUUAUGUUGAAAUGUUACACAUUUAUCAUGAUGUGAUCUUCCAAGACAUUAAUUCAGAUCAAGCUUCAUGGGACUCCCAAUCACAACAAGGUUGUGAUACAGCCCAGGAUCGAACCAGGGUCUAUAGUGACGCCGCUGUGCCUCUCGGGAUCCCAGUAAUCACCCUUAUCACAGCCUAGCCAAAAACCAAUCUUCUGGUUUUCUGGGGAAUCUGUAGGAUUUUAAUAUGCAUUACAAAACUUCCCUUUGGAUGGGGGGGCUAGCUGUAGUGUGUAUCUGAUUGUUUGUCUAGCAAUGCUAGCUAGCUAAUAUUUUGCAGCCUGUAAAAAGCGUGGCACUGCUAGCACUAGCUACUACAUUUCUGUUAGCUAGCUAAUAGUUUACAAAUGGCAGUUUUCUGAUUAUUUAUGCAUUUGGAUUGACAUCUGCUCUGAUUUGUGAGUUGUAACACUAGCUAGUCAGCCACCUGGCUCGGUGACUAGCUUCUUGCUUCUUGUGGAAGUGCACAUGACCAAUGAACGAGCAGAUGCCGUUUAGGUCAAAUGAGGACACUGCUCAGGCUAGCCUGGAAACCCCCCCGACGUUGAUUUGCAUUGAAUUCAACAUCGGGCGUAACUGAGCGUUUUGUAUCAGGAAAGUUACCUCACACGACCUCUACAAGCAAUAAUUCUGAAUAAAAUGUUUUAACUUACUUUACCGGUUGUCUGUGCGGUUGGUCCUUUUUGCAGGUAGGAAUGAGACCGUGUACCCACGGGAAAUCCAUAAUUGCAUCAACCUUUUCAAGGUGAAUAUGAUAGGUGAUAGAAAUAUGAAUCCACUAAACAGCGCUUUGAAAAGGUUGAUGCAAUUAUGGAUUUCCUGUAUCAUCGUCUUGAAAACUUGACAUUCCUACCUGCGGAAUAAAUAAAUAAAAGUGGAUCAACCGGUGAAGCAAGUUUCAACAUUCUAGAAGUCGCAUGAGGAAACUUUCCCGAUCUAAAUGCUAAUUUGUGCCCGACGUAGAGAAUUUAAAUGAAAUUUAACGUGAGGUUUUCGGGUCUUUACUCGGACACAGCAUCAUCUGUCGGCGAGGACGACCAAGUCCAACCUCGGUUUUUCCCCCCCUAAGAACCACAUGGCGUUAUCAAAUGAUACACGUUUUUUUUGUUGCUGUUUUCUAUUUAGUAGACAAUUCAAUGUUAGUCCCCGUCCCCAUGGUAACCUCUCAAACAAUCCAUUCCGACCAGGUGUUUGAAAUGUGUGCUCUCACCCAGCUAUUAAAAGGCGGCUAUUUAAGAGACUGCAUUUCAUUGGAAGUUUGACGGAAUGUAUUUUCCGCCAUUUUAAUACGUUGCUGUUAUAGAAGAUGUUGGUUUCAUUGCUUAAUAAUGAUAAUAAUAAAAAUGUUUGCUGUUGAAAUAUGUAGGUUUUCCAUCAGGUCUUAUAGGCCUUGUUCCUCUCAUGAUCACUGCAACGUAAUAGAAUAAUGUAUUGACAUUAUUGUGUAACUACAAAAAAAAUAUCUUAGUUGUACCUUUUUUUUACAUUGUUAUGCAAGUAUUGGACUUGUUUUUUGUAUCGUCAAAUGCAGUAGUUUGGGGUCCUGCCACGUGGUCAGCUCUUAACAUCAGUUGAUCUCUGUGUGUUUUUUAAUCACACGUGAAAACUCUACAGCCUUCCUAUGAGUAUAGAAGAUCCUGAUGCAAAGAUACAUGAUUUAUAUAUACUAAGCCCAACCAGGGUAGUAAACUGCUUAAAAUUCAGGCUCGGGUACGUAUUCUCCUUGCACCUAUUUUACCCACUAUCUUUCUCUGGUGGUGAUGGGUUCCCUUUUCUCAAAACUGUUUUUCUAUGAAGCAGGUUUUGAAGUUCAGCUUUCAUGUCUCAGAGCUUUGCACCGUGACUUUAACGAGUUUGAUCAAAUAAAUACGUUGUUUAAGAAUAUAAUCUCGUCAAUAUUGUGGGGAAGUGUAUUAUUGUGGUUUAGAGACAUGGAUUGGUUUAGUUGACUCUCAGGUGCAGUGUUCUGUUUGGUUAUAACACCUUUCAGACCGUUGUCUUGGGGAGCUCCGUGACAACUAACCCUGACACCGUUUAUUGAUUUAUGCAUCCACAUAACCUUUCAAAUUUUGUUUCCAUCUUCAUUCGAUUAUCAAUAGCUUACACUUAACCCUACUAAAUCUGAUCUUUAGCUCUUUAGCUAAACUAGUAAGGCCCGUUUCAUUACUGAAUAAACUAUUUGCCUUAGCGGUCUAUUAUCUUAAAAGUAUGACUGUAAACCUUUUUGUUAAAAAAAAGCUUCUUGCAAAUUUCACUAAAGCAGUGCAUGGAGUUUGUAAAAUAAGGUUGUAUGUUUUCACGAUGACUACUUCUCCCCCUCCUGCCUGUUCCCUGUUUGCUUGCUGUUUUUCUGUCCUCCAGUGAAGAUGCAGGAACCAUCUUCUUCUGCUCUGACCCAACCAACAGAACCCUGAUGAUGUUCUAGAAGCUGUUCUAGAACAGUUUGACACAGAACUGAUUUGAAAAGUGUUUCAGUGUGAAAUAGACUGGAAACUGACCAAACCGAUCAAUUGCAGAAAUCCAGUCUGCUUUCCAGUUUGAUUACUACUGUCCAUAGCCCUGUCCCAGGGCGAGCCAGAGAGAAGACCAGCCAGUAACCCUCCUGUGUGUUUCUCCUCUCCAACUCUUUCAGCUUUGCGUUGCUAUUGGAUCGUUGCGCUGCUCUCCUUUCCGGCCCGCUGAAUCCGAUUGGAGGGCUGGGAGUUGGGAUCCCGCCCCCGCAGCGCCUCCCUGCAGUUGGACCAGCUCGUUACCGCUGCAACCGCCACUUCUGCCGCCAACCCCCGCCACUACCCGCCACUCACCCCCAUCCACCUCCUCUCGCCCCCCUCAUCAACCUUCUCAAAGCAGCAGCUACCGUCAAUAACAUGUCCCGUCCCCUAUAUAACCCCUUGGGGGAUCAGUACUCUUCACAGGCCAAGAGAACUGCCGCCCAGAUGGGGCAAUACGGACUCACACAAUCCCAGGCCGGAAGGGACCCUCUGGGGGGCUCCCGUCUUGGUCUGGGGUCUGGUGGUGGUGGUGGUGGUUCUUCCGGCCAGGGAGGCAUGAUGUCCUCGAUGGUGUCCCAGCAGAUGGGGUAUGACCCGGGGCAGAGAUCGACCGGGAUGACCCCGGAGUUGGAGAGCUCCAUAGACCACCACAUCCGCGGGGCCAGAGAGGAGGUGAGGCUGCUCAGCCAGUUGAUGCAGCAGAAUAAGAACCCGCAGGUCUCCCUGGACGCCCAAGACCUUCGCCUAAGUCACGACCCCAUGGACGAGCUCUCGUCUGGGGGAGGGCUGGGCGGUUACACCCCUGGCCGGACCUCCAGAGACCAGCAAGGUUCCAUGGACUCCUGGGAUGGCUACCUGACCCAGUCUGCUUCAUCCAAACUCUUCUCCUCCGCCCGUCCUCAGUACCAAAGCCAAACCUCUGGGUUUGGAGGUGCGGGAGUGCUGGGGUCCACCUCAAGGGGUUCCGAGACUCCCAUGAGCGCAUCGGCCGCAGCCUCUCGUCCAGCCCGGUACACAUCCGAGUCCGCCAGCAGCAUCCUGGCGGGUUUCGGCUUGUCCAACGAAGACCUGGAGCUCCUCAGCCACUACCCAGACGAUCAACUGACACCAGACAACCUGCCCUUCAUCCUCAGAGACAUCCGCAUCCGUAAGGCCAAUAGAACUAUGGAUGGGGACCGUCGACUCAAGGUAGACGGUGGACCUGGCCCAGGGUCCGACCGCGAUGGUGGACGACUGAGCAAAGUGAUCGAUUACGAACAUUCUAGUGCUACUAACUACGACAGUUAUGACGACGGCGAUAACAGCCAACCCGAUAAUUACGGCGCUCGCAAUCCGCUCACGAAGGAGACGUCAAAUUAUGACAUGGUCAGAGACUCGCUGAGCGGGUACGCCGGCCAUUCCAUGACCUCCGACCUUUCCAAGCAGCGUACCCAACAGCAGCACAUCCACAGCCCUGCGGUCCAGAGCUCCAUGAAAGUCACAGACUCUCGCAUCGGCCUUCCUCUGCCUUCCAGCCAACCCCAGCAGACCCUCAAAACCCACGGCUCAUCUCAAGCAACAUCCAAGCCCAUGAACAUCCCUGUCCGCAGCGGAGACCAAGGACUCAACCGACUCCUGGCGUCCCAGAAUCAAGGCAACGCUCGGGGCCACGCUCAGCCCCGGUCCGGCCUGGUGGUUCUUGGUGGUGGAGGUGGUGCUGGGGUCGGAAUUCCAGGACUCCGGGUUGGAGGUGUCCCGAUCGGGGUUCCUCCUCCCACGACACCCCCCAUGUGGCCUUCCUUAUUCCCCAUCAUGAACCCGUCGAUUCCACCUCCUGGUCAUGUUCCGGUGACAGUUCCUCCGCCCCGGAUUGGUCCGAUGCCUUCCUUGCUCCAGCAGAGGAACCUACCUCCCCCGAUGAUGAUGAUGAUGCCGAAGAGGUUACCGACCCCGACCAUGAUGAGUGAUUACUCCGCUGCUUCUCCCAGAAUCUUUCCUCAUACCUGUUCUCUCUGUAACAUAGAAUGUUCCCAGUUAAAGGACUGGAUCGAGCAUCAAAACACCGGCCUCCACGUUGAGAACUGCCGUCUACUCAGGAAAUCGUAUCCCGACUGGAAAGGGGAAACUGUCGAUAUAUCAAGCCCUUCUAGUAGAAAUGACAGCAGCCGGUUGUCCUCCAAGCGCCGCCAGACAACACUCUCCACCUCCCGUUCUCCGUCCUGGUCUCGCUCUCCUUCUCCCCGCCGCUCUUCCUACCACACCCCUUCCUCCUCUACUCGCCGAACUCGAUCCAGGGAAAGAUCCCGCGAACGAUUCCGCGAACGUCGACACAACACCGCCACACGGCGUUCCCGCUCCCGGUCUCCGUGCUCACUUCGGGGCAGGGAGAGAGAACGUGACCCUCCGGCCUCUUCAUCCCGGAGGUCGCGCUCUAGGAGCCAUGAGCGGGAGAGAACGAGGAGGAGCAGCCUGCCGAGGUCUAACAGUGCUGAGAGACUGGCCAAGAAACUACUGGAGUCAUCUGCUGGCCUCUCCCUGACUGAGAACACCAGUCUAGAAGUUAUGAUGCAGUCCCUCGCCCCCGCGCUCCUGGCAGAGCUCGCCAAGAAGAAGGGAGCCUCCGGCUCCUCUUCCUCCUCCAAGGGAGGUGCCUCUCGGAAAACUGAAACGGGAAUGUCCAAGUCGGGAAGCAAGCUAGGAUCUGGAAGGUCGUCGACCAGGAAAUCCUCCUCUCCCUCCAAAUUGUCCAGCUCCACUUCUUCCAAGGCGUCAGUAUUGUUUGAGAAAGAGGAUGAUGCCAGAAAGCUGGCUAGCUGUAAGACCCUGACCAUCAGAGGCCAGGUCGUUACCAUACAGACGGAGAAAGAGAGACUGUUGGAGGACUCAAAGGGACUGAACCAGAAGUCUACUGCUGAAAAGAAAGCGACAGCAGCCAAGUACCAGACCAGCACCACCAAGUCAACUAAAACAUCCACCAAGUCUUCAACGACUGCAACUAAACCGCAAACUGCCGGUAGCAAGAACGGAUCUACUACCAAGUCCAAGGGGAAACGUCCCCUCGGUCCUCAGCAGCCUGACAUUGCGAAUGAUAGGUUUGUGAAGAUUGACGGUUUACCAGAAGCUGGGUAUACAGAGGAAGAUGUUCUGGCUCUGGUGAAGCCUUACGGAUAUAAACCUGGACUCGACAACUGUUUUAUUCUGCCUAGCCAGAGAUGGGCCAUAGUCCGUAUGGAGAGAGUACAGAAGAGCUUUGCCAUGUUGACAAACUACACAAUGUCUCCUCCUAAACUACUAGGCUGUCCCCUCACCUUCACGUUGACCCGCCCUGAUACAAACCUUCACCAGGAGGGUGUGUUCACGACUCUGAAUGGCCUCAGCCCUACGAACCCAACGUUGAAGGAACGUCUUCUGAUUGUCAGUAACGUCCCCACAGGGACCGCAGCAGCCAAGGAGGUUCACGACCUCGUCAAACGCGCCGGCUCCUACCUCGACUCGCUGUCUCUGAUCGACAGGAUCUAUUUUGAGAUGGAAUCUUCGUCGGUGGCGAAGGCAGUGUGUCUUCAUUUCCAGAAGUCCCCCAGUGUAGUUCAGAACAAACCUCUGAAGGUCGACAUGCUGGCCAAGGUUCAACAGCCCCCAGCCCAGAAGACAUCUGUUGUCAGCACCAAAGCCAAGAAGAAACCGAUCAAAGGCAAGAAGCCUGUAGCUAAAGGUGUGGCAGCACCAGUUAAACCUGUUACGUCCACAACCACUACUACCAGCACCAAUGCUACGGUCUCAUCCUCUCAGCCUGUUGCUACCACAACCACUACUACCAGCACCAAUGCUACGGUCUCAUCCUCUCAGCCUGUUGCUGUGGCUACCAAGCAACCGGGUGACGACGUCAUCGUCGCGGAGGCCAAGCAACCAGGAAGUGACGUCGCGGUGAUGAAUUCCGACGGAAAGGCAACGGUGGCGGAGUCUGGAGGAAAAGGGGCUGGGAUUUCCUCGACAAAAGAUGGGAAGAAGAAGAACGGCGGGAUGGAAACUGAGGAGGAGGCAAAAGAAAAUAAGGAAGACACUGCGACCGUCGACAUCGUCGUUCCCGCCUCGUUACCUACGGUUGCCGUGUCCGCUCCCGAGGAAGAUGUCGCCAUGGAAACCCAGAGCACCGACGGCGUCGCCUCGACCAAUGAGAUUGCAGCAGAACCCGAACAGGUCCCACAACAGUGCAGUGAUGUCAUUGCGUUGGUUAGUGAAACCGUGACGACUGUGGCCACAACAGAACCUUGUCUGAUCUCCGCUGUGGAGGGAGCUAAUAACGUCGCCAAUCCCGUCGACUCUGACGCCGUUGCCGCCUUUGUACCGGCACAAACACCGGCCCCUGUCCCGGUAGAGUUAAAUGUUGAAGACAAACCUCAGGACUUUCCUCCGGUAACCGAGGAGAUCCUCAAGGCCCUGGAGGCAGCGGUGCACCAACACCGUAUUGGGAGACUGGUGGAGGAACAGGCUAAACAUGAACAGAACCAGGGAGAGGGGAUCCAGGCCAAGCCUCUACCCAACAAGAAGAGCCCUGCAGCUGGGGAGACGGCGGAGAAAGAGACCCCGGCUGGAGAAAAGAACCAGGGAGAGGGGAUCCAGGCCAAGCCUCUACCCAACAAGAAGAGCCCUGCAGCUGGGGAGACAGCGGAGAAAGAGACCCCGGCUGGAGAAAAGAACCAGGGAGAGGGGAUCCAGGCCAAGCCUCUACCCAACAAGAAGAGCCCUGCAGCUGGGGAGACGGCGGAGAAGAAGACCCCGGCUGGAGAAAAGAACCAGGGAGAGGGGAUCCAGGCCAAGCCUGUACCCAACAAGAAAAGCCCUGCAGCUGGGGAGACGGCGGAGAAGAAGACCCCGGCUGGAGAAAAGAACCAGGGCCCGGCUGAGCCAGAGGAGAAGACUGGGGAGAAAGAGACGAAGAAGAAAGAGGAGCCACGCCCAGAGAAGAAGUCACAGCCGGACAAAAAGCAUCCGACACAAGCUAAAAAGACUACCGACACGAAGAAGACACCUUCAGGAUCUGGGCAACCAGACCACAAGAAUGGGAAGACCCAGGCUUCUGGAGGGAGAGGCCGGCGCGGCGACCGCUUUUCCCCAGAAAGGAGAGACUCUUCUAGGCAUAGAAGCAGCCGGGCUCCUUCCGAGGAGGGCUCCCUCCGACAUCGAGACUUGGUAACUCCUCUAGCGCCUCUUCUGGCUCCCGCAGGAGCAGCGGACAGGACGGCAGCCACGCCAAGAAAAAGGGGAGGAAAGAAGAGGAGUAGGAGAGGAGCAAGAGCCACGGCAGAAGCAGUCAAGCGACUCUCUCCUCUAGGAGCAGGUCUAGAGAUAAGUUGCUACGCGGGUGAUGAGUUUACGUCUGACGUCAUCCCCGGUGAAGCCAACUCCUUCUAUCUGGGCCAGUUCAACAUGGACCAGUUUGUUACUGUGGACGAGGUGGAAGGGGAUGAGGCUGAGAACACCGACCCACCGCAGUCAUCCUCAUCUUCGUCACACAAGACUCAAGAUAAGGCCUCGGAAAGUUCAAACCGAUCGUCCAAACGCAAGAGGGGUACCCCAGAUUCCCCAACUCCGAAAUCUAGCCAGGAGCACAAGGAGUCACCCACGUCCUCCUCCUCUACCCCCCCUGCUCAGAAGACUCCACGAAAAGCCGCAGCAAAAAAGGCGGCAGCUAAACCUCAACCACCUGCCACCUCUGGACGCAAGACCAGGUCAUCAGCAACUGUUGUUGUAGCAACCGAAGCCGCAGAAACCCAGGAAGCCGCUGCCGCCGCCGACGACACCACCGGCAUAGCCGAUACGGAGGCGGAGCUUGUUCCCUUGGAGACUCGGUCUCAGUCGGAAGAGGAAGUAGUAGUGGUCACUAAGGGAUGUGGCACGGAGGAUGUAGUACCGUCAUCCCGCCACCAGAUGUCAGUGUUGGACACUGCAGUGACAGACAACAAGGAAGAGAAAAGUGCUGUGUCAGAGAGCGAUAUGGCGACGACAGCUGAAAAACCUCCAGAGGUAGAGGGGAGCGAAGAGACUACCCAGGCUGAAAAAGGUUCCUCGAUUCUGGGUACCGAGGCUCAGAAUGGAGCCUGUCCACUGGAGCUUGGUCUGACCCAUCCGUCUGCCUCAGCCAAGGAGCGAGACCUUCAGAAGGCCCUGGAACUACAAGAGGUGGAGACGGUGUCGGGUCACCAGGUGCCCCGAUCACUUAUCGAUAAAGUUCCUGAUGAUGAUGAUGAUGGUGGUGAUUUCCAGAUACUCGACGAAGCUGUGGACGAUGACACACCUAGAGACGGAGAAGAGGGCAGUCAAGACACUCAAGAACAGUCUGUAUCUCUAUCUCUGGGUUACCAGGCGCCUGCGGCCUCCGAAUCUACAGGUUCCCAGGUGCCUCAAACUACUCUAGAGGAACACAAAGAGAUCUCCGACGACCAACAAGAAUCUGCUUUCCAGAUCCUCGACUCCCUAGAAGACACUGAAGACAACAUGGCCGACUCCUCUCUCGCAGGCCAACGAGGCCGAAGAGAUUCUCUACCCAGAGAGAUGGAAGGGUUCCAGAUACUAGAUUCAGUCGACGAUCAGACGGAAACGACUCAAGCUCUGGACAACCAUACGACUAAAUCUAAAUGUCAGGGAGGCUCCAAGCCUAUAAAGGGGGGCAAGAAGGCACCCCAAAAGAAGGGUAAGAGGGUACCCAAAACUCAAAAGGUGACCAAGACCGCAAUAGGAGAGUCCGAGGGGGGUACCCCGAAAAAGAGUAACCUUGUCACCUUGGAUGAGGUGAGCGAGGAGGAGGAGGCUUACCCAGAUGAUGCCGCCGAUGAGGAAGAACUGAUUAAGAAACAAAAAGUGGUGAAGGAGAAGCAGCGAGAGAAGGAAAGAGGGAAGGAGAGAGAGAAAGGGAGAAGGAGUAGAGAGAAGGAACGGAAGAGGGAGGAGGAGAGAGAGGAGAGGGUCGGAGUGGAUACUGAGGGCUUGGUGACUUUGGAUGAGAUCGGAGAGUAUGAAGGGGCGGACGGGCCUUGCCUGGAGCCACACCCCUUCAGCCAGGAGGAUGAAUCAGGAGACCCCUUCAACCCAGAGAGUCUGGUAACCCUGGAUGAGGCUGGAGGUGAUGGGAAGGAUGAGAUGGAGGAGGAAGAGCAGAACAAGAGUCCUGAACCAGCGCAGAUCCAGCAAGCUGACAACACAGGGUCUCCUGGUGCAGAGGACGACUGCAGGGGCAUGGAGGAUAUCAGGAGAAUGGACUUUGUGACUGUGGAUGAAGUGGGAGAGGAGGAGGAGGAAGAGCAGGCUGUUGCUACAAGGAGAGGAGCCAGGGGGAGGAAGAGGGCCCGACAGACCUCUGCCAGGAAAUCAGUGAAAGCAAAGAAGGUGAGCGUCAAAAACGAGGAAGAAGAGGAGCCUCGGGCAGAUAUUACUCCUCCCACUGACCCAGCUUCCGUUGACGCUCCCUCCUCAUUGCUCCAAGUCGCUGUGACCUCAGAGGUGGACGCCCAACCAGCUGCCUCAGUUCCAGACCUCCAGGAGAAAGAGACGGAGGCUGAUACCCCGGCAGACCAACCCAGCCUGGAGGCCUCCUCAGCUGGGCAGGAGAGGCAGACUGACCCCCCUGAGAACCAGAGUCUGGAGGGGAAACGGGAGACAACAGACAUGACUGUUGGAAAGCCUUGUACCGAGUCCACAACACUACAAGGUAAAGAGAGAACAGAUGAAAUGGACUGAAGUGCAUUAGAUGUGUUCAGUAGUUAAUAUGAGACACCAGCCUCGUCACGUUGAGGGGCCACGUUCCUGUGGAGACCUUUUAUUUUGGAAUCGGCAUCUUUUUCAAAUGUGACCACAGACUGAGUCAGUCAUUUUUCCUUGGCUGGUAUCUGCGGUGUGAUGACCAAGUCCUCCCUGGACGUCCUCCCUGGACGUCCUCCCUGGACGUCCUCCCUGGACGUCCUCCCUGGACGUCCUCCCUGGACGUCCUCCCUGGACGUCCUCCCUGGACGUCCUCCCUGGACGUCCUCCCUGGGCGUCCUCCCUGGGCGUCCUCCCUGGGCGUCCUCCCUGGGCGUCCUCCCUGGGCGUCCUCCCUGGGCGUCCUCCCUGGGCGUCCUCCCUGGGCGUCCUCCCUGGGCGUCCUCCCUGGGCGUCCUCCCUGGGCGUCCUCCCUGGGCGUCCUCCCUGGGCGUCCUCCCUGGGCGUCCUCCCUGGGCGUCCUCUCUGGACGUCCUCCCUGGGCGUCCUCUCUGGACGUCCUCUCUGGGCGUCCUCUCUGGACGUCCUCCCUGGACGUCCUCCCUGGACGUCCCUAAUGCCCACUUGGUCAUGAAGACGUGUGUUUGAUAGGAACAUAAUGACCUCUCUGGACAGGAAUAGAUAGGUGGAUAGGAACAUAAUGACCUCUCUGGACAGGAAUAGAUAGG